AUGAAUAAUUACUUCCAACAAAAGAAAAGAACUGUCUCACUCUCAAACCCAAAAUCAACAAAAAAACAAAAUACCAUACUCAACAACUCUUUUAAUGAUCGUCGACAACACUUUAUUCAAUCUCUCGACCCUGAAUUUGCCAAUUGUAUUAUUUCUCAUCUCUAUUCAAGGUUUGCUUAAUGGACUUUAUCCUACUCCCAAAUUACCAAGAGAAACUACCAAACCCAUUACUCUAUCCAAGUUUUACUCCUUAUUCUAUAUAGAUUUCUAACCAACAACUAAAGAAUCUAACAUAUUGUUGAUGAUUUCUCACAAUCCCAUUUGCCUAGAGAAUUAUACACUGAAGGUCCUAAAAUUAAAUUAAGAGAAAGAGUUCAAUCAUUGGAAGGACCUCAAUGGACAAGUGAACAUAAACCCAAAUUAAGAAAAGAUCAAGCUGAUCAAGCUAAUUAAUAUAAUAAAAGUAUAAUAGACGAUGCUGCUAAAGAUAUGACCAUGGUCUAUUUUCCAACAUGGAAAACACAUUCCAAAGACAAAUGGAAGACAGACAGAGGAUUUCUAACUACUGUUAAUCCAAAACCAUCAGAACCUCAAUAUUAUACAGAUGUUUAUAUUGAAGGUUUUGAAGUUUUGGGAGAUGUAUCAAGAAAAUUUGAUAAAGAAGAAUUAAAUGGUAAAGAUUUUCGAAGUACUAUUAAAUCAUCCCAUGAACCUAUCCCCUCUAUUUCAAUCAGAAAAGCCAUGUAAGAUAACAUUUACAAUAAAUUAUUCCACACAAAUUUAAACCCAUCAGAUAUCAGUACUAAUACUAAAUAUCCUAAAAUUUAUAAUAAAUCUAUAAGACAAGAGAUUAUGUCUAUUGCAAAAAAGUUAAUCAGAGAUGACUGA